AUGACUCGCCGGCUGCUACUACCCGUUCUAGUCCUCCUCGCCGCCUUCUCAGGUGCGCCUCGGUCAGGUGCCCACAGCAUCGCGUCAUCGGGGUCCGCAUCGCUCCCAGACGGCGCCACGUGUUACCUGGACAGCGAGCGGCGGCCCGUUUACCCCUUCUGCCGCGGAAACAAGCGCAACUGCGUGGUGACUCAGGUGCCGACGGCGCCGCAAGCCAAGUACGUCGGCCGCUGCAACUCCACCUACACCAGGGGUUCUUUUUGUCGCUAUGCUGGUACACCGUACGCCGUGGGCACCAAGGGCGUGCAGGGCAACGCGCUCUGCAAGUCUUGUGACUGCUCCUACCGGAGGAAAAUGCCGGGCCCCAACCGGGCAGUCUGUUCCUGCUCCUCGCUGCCCGCCUGCUACGUUGACUAUAACGGGCAGCCCGUGGGAAAGUUUCGCUGCCCGACAGAGCAAAACAUGUGUGUGAUUACCAAGAUAGGAGGAGGCGGCAAGGACAAGAAGGGUCUGCCUGUGGACAAGGGCGUGUGCGUCUUCUCUGGCAUCCAGGGCAUCUAUGGGGCAGCAGGGCCCAGCUGGGGACCCAAGUUCUACAUGGCAGGGAUAGAGGGCAUGCCCAAGCCAGGGGACCGCUGCUCCCAGUGUUCUUACUGCCUCCUGUCCUCUCCUUCCCUGAUCUCCCUGUGUACUCUUCUCCCUUGCCCAUCACACAGAGGGCAUCUGUGGAGCAGCAGGGCCCAGCUGGGGACCCAAGUUGUACAUGGAGGGGAUAGAGGGCAUGCCCAAGCCGGGGGACCGCUGCUCCCAGAGAAAGCUGCUCUCUCAGUGCUCUUAACCCCCCUCUCUCCUCUCCCUUCCCUACUCCCUCCACCCAGAGGGCAUAUGCGGGGCGGCGGGGCCCAGCUGGGGACCCAAGGCAUAUGCGGGGCGGCGGGGCCCAGCUGGGGACCGAAAUUUUAUAUGGCGGGAAUAGAGGGCAUGCCCAAGCCGGGGGACCGCUGCUCGCUGUGCACGUGUGGGGCCACGGGGGGUCUGCUCAACUGCAAGCGGCUGGCCAACUGCAAAACGCCCCAGAGUUUUAGCAGUGCUGCUGAGCUGGCUAUCGUGCUGCAGAACGUGUAG